AUGAAUGCUCUAGAACAAACCGGCAUCGACAAUCUCCCGGAUCUCUCAGGAUGGCAGCCCACAGGCGACAGCAAUGCCACUGAUGCACCGGAUAGAACAGAGCGAAGACGAUUGCAGAACCGCCAAGCUCAACGAAACCACAGGAAGAAGCAAAAGGCUUAUGUUUCUUCACUCGAGCAGCAAGUUAUUGAGAACAUGCUCCGAGGAAAGCAAGAUACCUACAUGCCAACACCGCAGCCAACUUCACCACCAUUCAUUCCGUUCGAAAUCUCGUCGGAGCCAUCAUCUUCAUCAUCACCGCUGGCGCUACCGGUCGAUACAUCCAUGGUGCCAACGCCAGAAGACGAGUCGUCCGACAUCCUUUCAACCCCUCUGAGCUUCUCUCCAGACAUCGCGCCAUAUUCUCAUGGUCUUUGGCAAACAUUCGCCUCAUGA